UAUAUAUAUUUACUGGGGAAGCGUAAUGCUUAGCUUACAAAACAAUUCGGUAAAGGAAAGUUGGGCUAUCCAGUGCUAAUUUUUUCUAGGACUAGUGACGGAGAGUUGCCAAAAUAUGUACCCCAUCCAGAGCGACGAGAGCGAAUGAUUAAUUUUUGACUUGGAAUUUUAAGCUAGAGUUCAAAAGGCGGUGGGAUUGGAAUAACCCAAAUGAGAUUGGGAGAAUUGGGCCUAGGAUCAUUUAACAACCCAACAAAUAAAUCUUACGAGGUUUCUUUAUUGGGCUGAUGACUGAGGCAAGUCUGCAAUAAUUUGCUGUCAUCGUCUGCGCUGCCGUGUAACGCCCCUUUACGGCCGGCGUUAGCCACCGUCAACAACUACAGCAAUACUAAAAUUCCUGAAAAGGGGACAAGAGAAUUCGAUUAGCUUUUGCUGUACAGUUGGGAUUUUCUGAAAAACCCAGAAAGAAGGGAGGGAAAAUUACCAUCCAUCAUCAUGGAUUCAUUAUCGAUGGCGGAGAAUGAGGAUGAUAUGGAUUCUCUGUUUGAGGGUAUGGUUCUCUUUACUACUCCAACCCCUGCCGAUGAUGCUAUUCCAAGUACUUCUGUUUCUGCGCUGAAUUCAGAUCAUCAUUGUCAGUCAUCCCAACUAGAAGAAGGAGAAGAAGCCCAUCAUCCACAUCAUCAGAAGAACAAUUCGUUACCGUCUGAUUCAACUUCAUCUACUUCUGCUGCUACUCCGGUUCCGGCUUCGGUUCCACUCGAUGAGAACUUAUUUGCCGAUCUCAAUCUCAUUGGGGACAAGCUCCCUGAAGAAGAAGAAGAAGAAGAAGAAGUGAAAGAAGAUCGAAAUCAUGGUCACCCACGUCGUCUAAUCUCUUCUUCGUCUCGAAAAAAGAAGAGAGCUGCUGGUUUAAGGAUUGGAUACGGCAGGGAUGUUAGAGCAGAUCAACAUCUAGAUCACGAUGAUCAAACCCAGUUACCGGAUACGAAAUUAGAAGAUUCCAUCCCAAUUGAAAAUGAAAUUGAUGGUGCAGAACAAAAUCAACAUCAACCACCAUCCCAAGAAGAAGAAGAAGAAGUCGCAGAAGCAGAAGCAGAAGCAGAAGCGGCUUCCUCAUUGCAAUCUCAGGAUGAAGAAGCCAAACCCAGCACUACAGGCACAAUAGAGAUGAGAUUUGAAGAAAUCAAGGGACAGAUUGCCCAGAAGCUCAAUGCAGCUCGGCAAGCUAUAUCUUCUGUGUCUGCGGCACGGAAAGAUGCCAUUAAAAAUAGGAGAAAAGCUGCACAACUUCUAUCUGCGGCAUCUUCCAAGUACAUUCAACUUGAGAAGGAAUUGGAGGACGCCAUUGAAACUGAGGACUUUGAGAAAGCAGAGCGCCUUGGUGACACUCUCGCUUCUGCAGACAAACACAGAGAAGUCCUGCUGGUUGCGCUCAAAGACGCAGAAUCUCGUUGUGAUGAUCUUGAGUCCCAAAUGCGUGUGGCUCUGGAAUCUCAGAUUGAAGUUGAGGAGGCAUCCGCUUCGUUGCUUCUCCAAUUUUCCAAGGAUGCUUCAAUUAAUGCUGAUUUAGUCCUGGAGAAUGCAGAGGCUUUGUUUUCAAGAGAAAUGGAAAAAUGGACUUCAAGUACUGAAGAGGUAGAGUUAAAGAAAUUACAGUUAGAAAUUGAAUCUCAUUUGAUGAAUGAGGCACGAUCAGCUAUACAUGACUCAAUUGUACACUCAACGGAAGAUGAUCAAAGAGAGCGAGAUAUUCUUUACAAGAGAAGAGAAAUUUUGGCCGAGGAACUACAGAAAUUAUAUGCUUUAGUUAAAUUAAAAGAAGCAGAAAUAGUGGAAAAUGAUUGCAAGAUUGAAACGGUCGAGAGCAGGAUUGCUGGUGUAGUCGCUAACUUUGAUGAGGCAAAUUCAGGCCUAGAUGAAAAGUAUAAUAUCCUUAAGUCUGGUCUCUGUCAGUUGGAUUCAGAGCACCACACGUUAUCUCAAAGGAAAAAACAAAUUGACGAUGAUCUGUCUUUGGAGGAAACCAGGGUUACAAAAGUCAGGGAAAUCUCCAAAAUCUCUGCAGACGAAGCUAACGUGUCCCGGGAAGUUGUGGGGCUUCGGAAGAGUCUGAUGCAGUUUGCAUUGAAGUUCAUGGAAAAUAAAAUGAGUCUUUCUAAAGCUGAGCAGCAACUUACCGAAGAUGUCAGUGCUCUUAGGCUGGAUAUUUCUGCUGCUAGGACAUCUCUCCAGGAGCUAUCCUCAUCGAAAUCAAGCAUCCAAAAGGAACUUGAAUCACUUAAGCAGAGGCUAAUCUUCAUAGACAAAAGGGUCCCCGAGCUGGAGGCUGAGAAGAAAGUUGCUGCUACUGCAAGAAAUUUUAAAGAAGCGGCCCGAAUAGCUACGGAAGCAAAAGCGCUCCUCACAGAAAAGGAAGGAUUGGGCAUAAAAACAGAGGAUGCAAUAUUGCAGCUCCAAAAGCUGGAAGAACAAAUUGGCAAUAUUGUUAAUAAACUUGAGGAAACUGAAGCGCAGGUGUUGUCAAAAACAAAAGAGUUGGAAAUGGCUAGAUUCCAUAGGCUAAUUCUUGUAGCUGAAGCUGCCAAAGCAGAGAGAUCAGCCGCAUUAGAGUUAGGAGACGUUGAAGAAGCAGAUGCCCUAAGUGCAGAAGCUGAUGCUGCGGCCGCCGAAGCAAGCAGACUUAAGCUGCUUUAUGGUUAUGAGGACGAAGACCUCUCGAAUCAGACAGGCCAGUUUGUCCCACUGGAAUUGGUUUCAAAGCUUGGUGUGAAGCAACUGGCAGGAUUAGUGACAACAUCUGUUGAUGACUGAGUUAGUUCACUUCUUUUGAAACUUGGAUAAAUGGAGUUUUGCACUGGCUCAUUUCUUUUCUGUUCUUUCUUUUUUUUGUUCAAGUACAAAGAUUCAUUCUUUUGUUUGACAAAAUGCAAAAUUUUGCCACAAAACCUGAAACCCCACCCCGUCUUGAUGGUUUGUAUUCCUUCUCUUUUGUUUCGAGAAAGGUUGUAUGUCCAUUCUUUGAGUUUUCUGAUUUUCUCCACAGAAAUUGUAAAUUGAGUAGCAAACCACUACUUUGAUGAAUAGUGUACCUUCUUCUGUUCAUUCUCUUUUUCAUUUCAUUUUUUUUUUUUUUUUUGGAUUUGAUUGGUGGAGGAUUGUUUGUAUUAUGGUUAAUAACUCAUAGAAAAAGCUGGAAAAUAGCGG